ACAUAAAUUGGUGGUUGUGAUUUGAUAAACCGCCUUUCGUUCGGACAUUAGACGCAGGUCAACUGUACGUUCACCCCCAUGACCUUAUAAUCCCUAAAAACGCUUUUGUUGCGCAUCAUCAUCGCACCCUAAGAUAAUUAACAUCUUAUCAUUCGAAAGAUCCUAUAUGUUUGAGAGAAGGGAUACGAGGGACUGGAAUCUCGCGAUGGCGGAGUCACCGUCGUCGUCGGUGGUCUCGGAGUUCGAAGGGACUCUGUUGAAGGACCCAGACCUAUUCUCCUACUUCAUGCUGAUGGCGUUUGAAGCGUCCAACUUGCUACGUUUUGUUCUGUUGCUGUUGCUAUGGCCCGUGAUCGGCUGCCUCGAUGCGGUCGGGAUGGAAGAUUACGGGUUGAAGCUCAUGAUCUUUGUUGCCCUAGCUGGGGUUCCAGAAUCCGAGAUUGAAGCGGUGUCUAGAGCCGUCUUGCCGAAGUUUUACAUGGACGAUUUGAAUGGGGAUGCUUGGAGGGAGUUCAGCGGCUACGAGAAGAGGGUGGUGGUGACCAGGAUGCCAGGAGUGAUGGUGGAGAGGUUUGCAAAGGAGCAUUUGAGGGCCGACGAAGUCAUCGGAAGCGAGCUCACCGUGAACGGAUUUGGGUAUGCCACGGGCUUUGUCGAGGGCGGAGUUCAUGCCGCCUCCAACCAUGUCGACAAGCUCUUUGGCGAUGGUGAAAGGCCUUCUAAAGGGCUAGGAAGGCGAGGCCUUUCAUUUCUCUCUCUUUGCAAGGAGCAAAAGCAUCCACCCUUCGCUGGAAAGCAGUACAACCUAGAGCCUCCCGAGCCGCUCAAGGUGAUCUUCCACGACGGCAGGCUUGCAAAACGCCCUACCCCAGUAAUGGCCUUCUUGACCCUCGUUUGGAUGCCCGUUGGGAUAGUACUAGCCGUCAUCCGCAUCGUUGUGGGCUUGAUCUUGCCUAUCGGCAUCAUGCGGAUCAUCGCGCCGAUAUUGGGAGGUAGAGUCAUCGUCAAAGGAAAACCACCGCCCCCCGUUUCCCGAGACAAAGCCAGCGGCGUCUUGUUCGUUUGCACUCACCGCACCCUAAUGGACCCUGUGGUCCUCUCCACUGCUCUUGGCCGCAAGAUCCCGGCCGUCAUCUAUUCCUUGUCGAAGCUAUCAGAGAUCUUGUCGCCGAUACCUACAAUCCGCUUAACCCGAACCCGAGAAGCCGACCGAGAGAAGAUCAAGGACCAACUGUCAAAAGGCGAUUUAGCGGUGUGCCCUGAGGGGACGACAUGCCGAGAACCAUUCCUCCUGAGGUUCAGCGCGCUAUUCGCCGAGUUAACCGAUCAAAUAGUGCCUGUCGCGAUGAACUAUAGAGUUGGGCUGUUUCACGCGACAACAGCUAGAGGAUGGAAGGCCAUGGACUCCAUUUUCUUUUUCAUGAACCCUAGACCUAUCUACGAGGUGACCUUCUUGAACCAACUGCCGGUUGAGGCGACCUGCUCUUCCGGGAAGAGCCCAAUUGACGUCGCCAACUAUGUCCAGAGGCUCUUGGGGACCACGUUAGGAUUCGAGUGCACCAACUUGACUCGAAAGGACAAGUACAGAGUUCUUGCUGGGAACGACGGAAAUGUGUCAACAUCGUCGUACACUUCGUUAUUUGAUCGCGUCAAAAGAGUCGUGAGCACGUUCAAGCCCUUCAUUCAUUGAGAUGGCCGUAGAUCGCAACAAGACUAAUCGAUGGUUACAUCUACUAUGUAAUAUUCUCCAGGAUACUAUUGUAUCUUCUUCUUUUU